AUGAAAUAUGCGUCCAAACCCAAGACACGAAGGGCGUCAGCCCCAGCCAUGAGCCACCGCGAAUUCCUCAAAUGGCAAGAAUCUUUCAGUGAUAGUACUGACUCUAUCCGUCUUCACUCUAAGCUCCGGAACAUCCCAAUCAUCCGCCAAUCCACCCUCCCCGAUCCGAAAAACCCCCGCGAUUGGUCUUUUAAACCUAACGGUGAAGCCGAGAUCGUUCGUAAAUGGAAUCGAAAAAAGGACCAACGAAAAAGAGUAGCCGUCCGCAUCAUGAAGGCCUUCACGAUUCUUUACCGACGAGAUGAGCAAUAUGACCGUGUUGAAAGCUUCUCGGAUUUGCGUCGAAAGAUUCGCGCUCUGUACUUUAGGUUGAAGUAUGAACCACCCUCUGACUAUUUUUUCGACCCGAGGUGUCAGCAAAUGUGA